UCCAUCUUGCAAUAUGCUGUCGCAUUAGUAAACACGAAAAAUUGAUCAAGAAUCGUUAGAAAUUCUCAUGUACGUUUAGGUACGUUGAUACUGUAUUUAAUUUACAAUGGAACAUCUCUUCGAACGAAAUGAUCUCUGCUUCUCUUUUAGGAAGUAAAUCCAUUUAGGAGAAAAUGCACUGAUCCGCUGAGAAAGUAGCUAUGUAUAAACAUUUGAAGAGCUUAAUGUUAGAGUUUGUGUGUCCAGUACGAAGUAAAUCCAUCAUUUAAGAGAAUAAUAUCUGAAUAAUAAUUAUAAUAACUUCAAAAUUGAUGAAUUCCAUUAUGAAGUGCAGUCAAAAUUGUGACGACACAGCCUUGAUUAAUGAAAUUGAGAGUACGAAGCCUCCUUUCUUCCAUCAAGUUUCCAGUCACAAUUUCUUCAAAUGCUUCUGCGUAGAGACUUGCACCUCAAAACGGAGACUUGACAUGCGUGGAAGUAUUGUACAUCAGAAAAUCGAGUUAGCUGCUCCGAACCAACUUUACCUUUUACAUAUACUUAACCCUUUGCACUCGAGAGGUGACUCUCCGCUAGGUUUUCUUUAGGUUUAGUUUCUUUGGAACUCGAAGUGCCAAUAAAAUGAUUGUCGUUGAGGCAAAAGUGACCCGAUUCAAUAAAGUCAAUAUAAUCUCAACAUUCAUGGCAAUCGAAUACCAAGAAAGCAUCUCGAGUUGCUGACCGAUACCAGAAAAAAAGGCCUCGAGUGCAAAGGAUUAAUGUUAAUAAUUAUAAAUAAUUACAAGAGUGCAUGUACAUAAGAAAAUCGAGUUAAUACAUGCUCUGAUCUACCUUUACCUUCUACAUAUAUUUGAUAUUAACAAUUAUAAAUAAUUACAAGAAUGUACAUAAGAAAAUCGAGUUAAUAUAUGCUCUGAACUAGCUUUACCUUUAAAUAUAUCCAACGCUACAUUUUUCUCGAAUAAUUACAGGAGAUUGCUCGAGGACGUGGACAUCCCUGCUCUGUUACUAUUCCUCAAAAGGCACCAAGAUGUUGUCCACGUUAAUUUAUCAAGCAACAAAAUCUCCGAUAACGGUUUCAUAAAUUUGCUCGAUCACAUGCUCGUGCACAAGAACGUACUAGAGUUGGACGUCCAAAACAAUGACAUAACGCAAAAAGGGAUCGAGUAUAUGGUGAAAGUAGGGGAAGGCUUCGAAAUCGAGAGUCUGAAUUUAAUGGGAAAUAAAUUUGGCGACGAGGGGUCGAAAUGUCUAGCGCUAUUUUUAUUAAAAAAUGAAUGUAUACGUCGCUUAAACGUCGCACAAGUGGACCAGACGGCUUCCAGUUUAAUAUAUUUUAUUGGAGUCUUGAGCCCAGAAGAAGAGAUUUCUAAUACGACUCUGAAAUGUCUGGACAUUAGUCGACCGAAUCCAGGAUGCAUGUAUUACUUCGAUUCUGCUCAUUUUUCCAGUGUCAUCGGACACAUGCUUAAAGGUAACACCAGCCUGGCAGCGUUGCAUCUGCAAAAGUACAACUUCGAUUGCCACGAUAUAGAAAACUUGGUGUCGAAUGCAAAAUAUAACAAUACGUUGCAGUUGUUGGACCUUGGCUGUAACAACGUAGGAGAUCAUGGGGUAGCUCACCUUGCUAGUUGGCUGGCUAGUAGACCGGCUUUGAAAGUCCUUAUUUUGUGUAGGAAUAUUGCAACCGAUCAUGGCGCAAGGGAGCUAAGCUUUUCUCUUCCGUUUUCAAAGCUCUUAUCGCUGGACAUCUCGUACAACAAGAUCACAGAUGAUGGGAUGGUUGAUAUAUUGAACACGUUGAAGAAGAGUCCUCUUCUCCGACAGCUGAAGAUGUUUGGGAAUUGCCUUGGUCACCCAACUGCGAAGAUUGUUAAGCGAAUGCUGAUGUCUCAAGUACUUAAUCAAGAGAACAUCGAUGUUAGACCAUACAGAGUUGAUCACAGAUGGUAUAUCGCGAGAUACGAAGGUGGCCACUGUCGAGACAAAUUUUACGACGUUUCUUACGGCCUCUUCACGCGAUUACCUUCUGGUCCAGUAAAGAAGACUCGUUCAAAGAAGACGUACAAUAAAUACACAUACCUGGAGACUAGUGAAGUGCACGUGCAACAUUCAACCAUCACCAUCGUCUCCCAUGCAUUCCACAGAGAUCUUCGAAAGGAUUGCAAAUGUUGUUAUUGCUUCAAAUGCAACGCUCUUCAAUACGACGAGUCGUGCAAAGACGACGAGCACUUGCAGGAUUGUAACUGCUGCAAGUGCAAGGGGGACGAGAGCAGCGAUUGGUCCGCAGACAAAUCGGUUGUGGAUAGAGUUGUACCUACGCGUGACCCGAUGAAUAAUAUCGCCUACAUUCUGAAGCGCGUGAAUUCCGACACUCGCCAGAAGAUUGUACGCUGGAUCAACAUUAACGAGGAUACUUUGAGAGAAGAUUUAAAAGCUAUCGCAGAUCGAGACAAGCUCGAGGAAAGCUCGUCGUGCAAUUGUUCAUGGGCUCAGCUGAGCAUAACUAGUUUACAGAAGCGUUUAGAGAAUUCUGAUUCGAAUGAUAUACUAAUUUUACCUAGAAGCAACUCUAUGUUAAUGAAAAUUGCACGUGGAGGCAGGAGUAUAUCAUAAGA